CUAGUAGCAUGGUGCAGCAGAAUCAUGGCUAACACAAUAAUUCACCCUCCACCUCAAAUUCUUCACAAAACCCUAGAAAGAGAAAGAAGAAGAAACACCUUUUCUUUUUGCUGCUCUCUCUCUCUCUCUCUAACAUUGACCACCUUCUGCUUCUAUUCUAGUCAUCUACACUGCCUUUUCUUUCCACAUACUUUUUCUCAAAAAUUUAACCUAAAUUCAGAGGCCCAAAAUGGAGGUCAAUACACUUGGACUGAGAAACCCAAGUUCUUCCAUGGAAGUAGGGUUUGGGUGCCCAUGGUUGGAGUUGGAGAAUCAGAAUUUCACAUUUUUGGGGGCAGACAUGUCCUUGGUGAUGCAAAAUUGGAACCAGAGCUCACCACAACAUCAAGCUUCACCCUCUUCCGACUAUUUCCUUCACACAGCUACAGGCUACCUACAAGAUGCAUUGGUUGACUUGAAGGAUCAGUGCAAGAAGAGAAAAACACUCUUCUUUCCCCCUUGUAGUUCUCAGGCAACCCAAAUCCAUGGCUCUCCUCUACAUAAUGAUUGGAAUUGGGAUUUGCAGAGAGAAGUAACAAGUGAUAGCACAGUUUCAGGAGAACACUCAAACUUCUCAUUGAGUUGCCUCAGCGUUGAGGAAGCCUUUCAGGAGUUGAAGAGUGAAGAAAGAAAUGAGAGACUCUCUUGUGUUGAAGAGAGAAUUUCAGGCUCACUCAAGGAAGAGAGAGAAAGCUUCGGUUCAGAUGAAGAGGCCAAGAGUUCACAUGGAGUGGAGAAGAGGAAGGAACAUAUAAUAAAGAAGAAGAAGAAGAAGGUGGCGGCUAGUAGUAGUAGGGUGGCCUAUCCAUUUGCAGUGGUGAAGCCAAGCGGUGUGGAGGGAGAUGUGACGUUGAGAGACAUAAACAGGAGGAUUCUGACGAGGCCCACCAGGCCCAUUCAGCACCCGGUUGGAGACUACGCCACAUUGCCCCCCUCUCUCUCUCUACUUUCUCACUCCUCCUCUGCCCUGUCGGGUAAAGCCGUUGUGGGCCUCACCAGGAUACACACACGCGGCACAGGCACAAUCACUAUCAUCAGAACUAAGGAUUAGUACUACUGCACCAGAACACUACUCAUUCUCUCUCUACAUCUGUUCAAAGAGAGAAUCACUCUCUCUCUCUCUACCCAUGAAGGAGUCACUCUCUCUCUCUCUCUACCCAUGAAGAUGUCCCUCUUUAUACUGGCUUCACAGGCAUGGCAGCACAAUCAGCAUCAUCAAACAGAGAUCUCUCUCUCUUUCUCUCUCUACUAGGAUCCACAGGCUUGGGAAGUGGCACAACCACCAUCUUUAAAACCAGAGGCUGAUCUCUCUCUCUCUCCUCUUUCUCUCUCUAUCUUGAUGUACAUAUUUGUCGCUUGUCAUGCACCCUACGUAGUACGUAGCUAGUACUACUACUACCUCGUCAUGUUUUGGAGUGCUUAUAAUGGAGUUAUAUGUGUACGCAUACUGUUGUGAAGAUAAAUAACAAGUUUUUUGUGUGGGGUUCAAGAAUCAAUAUUGUUGUUUCAAAUUUUUAAUUUUUGUUUGUUGCAUUAAUAAAUCAUAUAUACAAUUGAGAAAUAAAUCUCUCUGGCAGGAGGGCAGCAAAUAGGUGCUAGAAGCCUAGAACUAAGCCAUAUCAAGAUUCUAGCCUUCCAAAUGAUUGUUUUACACAUGUUGAUAGCGAAUCUCUAAGUCUUUUAUAUUUUUCUAAAUUUUACCCGAGGCUAAG